GCGACACUCAAUUAUUUAAAAUUGUUCUUGGAGAAAAGAUUACAGUCAAAGAUCAUUUAAUCCCUUAUGAAAAUUUUGAUGUUGCAUUUCUCAAAUACUACAUCUAUGAGGAGAGAAAAGAUGUUAUUAGUAACUUUAAAAUGGAUCUUUGGAAGGUUGAGAUUGUGGAAACUAAUGAAAUCAGAGAAAAACUUCAAAAUAUUGAAACUGACGUUCAAAGAGAAUUCGGAGGUUUUAAGUUGCUUGAAACUCGUUUGAUUAAUAGUAUAUUCAUAAAUGACCCUCCAAAGGAGCGCAUCCAUAUCAUCGUGCAACCACUCUCCACCACUGGAAAAAGAAAACUAGAAGGAACAGACGAGAAAAAUGAAGGCCAAGAAAGUAAAAAAGUGAAACUAGUGGCAACUGCUAAUAAAAUCAUGGAGGGUAUAAUGAAACUUUCCGAUACUUGUGAAGUUUACUCAGACCCGAAAAAUUUCCUUUUAUUACCUUUCCCAUAUCCCGGUGAAGUUAAACCAGUAGAUAGGUUUGCUAUUAAUGAUGAUGGCUUUUUCACCUUCAUGGGAAGAAAGAAAUUCAGUGAUGUUUUAAGUGAAAUCAUCACUUUAAAAGCUGGUACCGGUUAUAUGAAAAUGUUUAUUUAUGGCACGGUUGGGUAUGGAAAAUCUCACAUUCUCACAGCAAUAGCUUGCUUUCUUCUCCGGAGCGGAAAGCGUGUUGUAUAUCUUCCCGAUUGUCGUGAACUGGCUGUAGACCCAAUAAAAUACGUUAAAUCAGCCUUAUUUCUCACCUACGUGAAUGAUGAUGCGAAAAUAAACGAAAUUAAUACCUUUAAAAGUUUUGAUCAAAUUAUAGAAUUUUGUUAUUCAUUAGUUGAAAAGUUAUAUUUUAUU